AUGAAAAAAGACUUCCAUAUUGACCCACACUAUGUUUAUCCGAGUGAUCCAUCGACUGUUUGCCAUCGUAAAUCACAUGAUUCAUCCAAGAAUACUGGCGGAAUGUAUGGUGCUUUAAGAAUUGAAUGUGAUUCUCCAUUACGAUUAUUAAAAGAGACAUUCGAAUUUAUCAAAAAUAAUUUUCGAGAUGUUGAUUUCGUUAUUUAUACGGGUGAUACUUUGAGACAUAAUUUUGAUCCAUACAUACCUCUCGAGGAAGGUGAUGUUUUAGAUGGACAUCGCCUCGCCGAAGGCCCAAACACACUUCUUGAUAAUGUUACAGAAAUAUGGUCCCCUUUAAAUUUAAAUCUAACUUCUGAUUUCACUAGAGGAGGUUACUUUAGACAGGAUAUUCAUCCAAAAUUAAGUUUUCUUAGUUUGAAUUCCUUGUAUUUUAUGAAUGAGAAUCUUGAAGUUAGUGAUUGUGAUAAAAAAGAUUCUGCUGGUGCUAAACAAUUGAAAUGGCUAAAAUUUCAAUUGAAAAGUGCUCGAAAGGAUCAUCGUAAAGUUUAUGUACCACCAUUAUAUAUUCAUGGUCAAAAAUCUUAUAAACCUGCAUGUUUAUAUAAUUAUGUUCAAAUGAUUGGUAAAUAUUCUGACGUCAUUUAUGGCCAUUUUACAGGUCAUACCAACGGAGAUACAUUGACAUUUGUUGCUGCGUCUCAUGAACUAAAUGAAGAUGUCGUUCUAGUUCUCAACAAUGCACCAUCAAUUGUUCCAGUCAACAAUCCGGCAAUUAGAGUUUAUAAAUAUUCCACUGACGAUGAAAAUUUUGGUACAUUACUUGACUACACUCAAUACUAUACCAAUCUUACAGAAGCUAAUGAAAAAGGUAAACUUAGAUGGGAUGUUGAAUAUGAAGCGCGAGAACUUUACAAAGUUAAUAAAUUGCGGCGUAAAGAUUGGGCCAAGUUCACACCAAAUCCGAUUCCCUUAUACUUAUCUAACUUCACCGCCACUCUUACUGGAACGACCGACGUACAAAUCACUGGUGGUUAUCUCGUCGCAUUGGUAUACGGAUAUAACAAUACGUAUAGUAUAUGCGAUCAUGUUUCGUGUCCUGUUCAACCCGGACCUUUUAGUUUCAGUGGUAAUGUGAAUAUACCAAGUGAGGUAACCGCUUCUUGUGUAGCUCUAAAAAUUACCGGUGUCAAAGCUGAUGUUAGGGCUUAUGAUGCUAGUGGAAACAUUUUGGGUUGCAUGCAGGGCAGU